CCGCCCCAUCGGUCAAAGGCAAAUAGCGGGAACGGAUAUCCUUCUCUUACGUGGCACGCUGCUGGCUCUAAUCAGAGCUUGUCGUUCGAUGAAGUUAUGUCUUCCGUGGUGGCCGGGCAAGGUAUAUUAAGUGCAUGUGCACCGCUCUAUCUGGAGAUGAAGCCAUGCAUGUGUGUACCUGGAGCCUUGUGGCGCAACAUGUGGCUAAAUUUCGGUUGACAUCUCAAGCAAUUAUGACUUCUGCCAUUAGGGAUGAACCUCUUAUGCUGCUCGAUAUCAUGGUGAACAAUAUUUAUACCGUCGUCGGUCAUGAGCAAACUCCCGAUGAAGUCAACUUUGCAGCUGGUCUGCACUUCUCAGGGUCCAACAGAGUUACUGGCACCCCGCGGGCGGUCGAUGACGAUCUUAUACACAAUGUUGUAACACCCCUUAUGAGGGCUUGUCGGAACAUCAACGAUGUGCCUCUGUUUUGGCGUCUGGUCUCAAUUAGUAAAUAUUCUUUUCAUCUAGUAAUACAGUCUUUCAUACGACCCAGCGUCCCUACAUUCUGAUGGAAUUAUUCUUUUCCCUUCGAGCCUUUUG